UGUUUGCUGAGGUCACAUGACGGAGGUGGUCUGACCGGAAGUGCCCCUGGUUCGCCAUGUUUGUUGAGGGCAGGAUGUGGCUGCAUGGAAUGGCUAGUUCCGGGUUCUUGGUUCCUCAUUCAGAGGUUUCGGGGAUCCUGAGCCAUGCAGUCACUGCCUCCCGGGGACCUGGAGUGUCUGGAGCUGGUGGGGUGCGGGGGGUUCGGCCUGGUUUACCGGGGAUGGAGCCGCACUCUGGGCACAGAGAUAGCCCUGAAAAUGAUCCAGGGGGAGAGAGGGUGAGACUAAUAAUAAUAAAUAAUUAAUAUAAUAACAAUAAUAUAAUAAUAACAAUAAUAAUAAAUAAAUAAUAAAUAUAAUAUAUAAUAAUAUAUAAUAAUAACAAUAAUAAUAAUAAAUAAUUAAUACAAUAAUAAUAUAUAAUAAUAAUAACAAUUAAUAUAAUAAUAUAAUAAUAACAAUAAUAAUAAUAAAUAAUACAAUAAUAUAUAAUAAUAAUAACAAUUAAUAUAAUAAUAAAUAAUAAUAUUAACAACCUGUGUAUAAUAAUAAUCAUAAUAAUAAUAAUAACCUGUGUAUAAUAAUAUAAUAAUAAUGAUAACCUGUGUAUAAUAUAAUAAUAAUAACCUGUGUAUAAUGUAAUAAUAUUAACCUGUAUAUAAUAAUAUAACCUGUGUAUAAUAAUAAUUAAUAAUAUAAUAAUAAUAUAACCUGUAUAUAAUAAUAAUAAUAUAACCUGUAUAUAAUAAUAAUAAUCUAACCUGUGUAUGAUAAAUAAUAUAAUAUAACCUGCUUAUAAUACUUUAAUAUAACCUGUUUAUAAUAAUAACCUGUAUAUAAUAAUAUAAUAACCUGUAUAUAAUAUAAUAAUAAUAUAACCUGUGUAUAAUAAUACUAUAACCUGUAUAUAAUAUAAUAAUAAUAAUAUAACCUGUGUAUAAUAAUACUAUAACCUGUAUAUAAUAAUAACCUUUAUAUAAUAUAAUUAUAAUAUAACCUGUAUAUAUUAAUAUAAUCUGUAUAUCAUAUUAUAAUAAUAAUAACCUGUUAAUAAUAAUAAUAAUAAUAUAACAUGUAUAUUUAUUUAUAAAAUAUUUUACCAGGAAAGAUACAUUGAGAUUUCUCUCAUUUUCAAGUAUGUCCUGGGUAUAUAAUAAUAAUAUAAUAAUAUAACCUGUACAUAAUAAUAAUAUAUUAAUAAUAUAACCUGCAUAUAAUGUAAUAAUAUAAUAACCUGUAUAUAAUAAUAAUAUAACCUGUAUAUAUAAUAUAGCCUGUAUAUAAUAUAAUAAUAUAUUAACCUGAAUAUAAUAUAAUAAUAAUAUAAGCUAUGUGUGGCAAACCUAGCCACUUGGACAAUAACUAGAGACUGUACCUUUAAGGGUUGCCAAUAGGUCGGGCGAGAUACGCGCUUCACACUUAUGUAAAUGUUCAUGUAUUUUCUGUAUUGCCUGUACUGCUGUUUCAGCCGAAUGCAAAUGGCGGUUGUGUAUGGGGAUUUUCUUUCGUUUCACGAACGGCACUUUAGAAAGCCGUUCGUGAACCAAACGUAAUAUCCCCUGAUAGCCCACACACUUAGAGGCGUGUGGCGCUAGUUAACCGAUUGCAACACUGUUGCAAUCGGUUAUUAGAGGCUCUCCUGGGUGGCCGUCGUUCGACUACCGACCAUGCGGCGGUCGGCCAUCUUGGAUCCCUUGUUCCUCAGCGGGUCCGUGUUGUCGAACGCAUAGUAUUACCAAUAGCUAUUCGACGGCACGAACACCGCUGAGCCUCCAGGACGUUCGGGAGUUUCAGGACCGUGUUCACUAAAAGUAAUCGGUUCUUUUCGUAUGUUUGGAAAGAAAUGUGUUUUCUGUGCGGCGUUCGGUUAUUUUAGCUGGGAUCUGAGCGGCAAUCUCACGAAUGAUGCGCCCAGACCCCAGCUAUCUACCGAACGUCCAUUCGUGUAAAUCUACCGUGUAUUUUAAAAGUUAUAGAUUUUUGUAUGAAUUGCCGGUUCUGCUGCACGAGGGGAUAAUCCCCUUAACGGUGCAUUGUGGGAGGAUGAUCCCUCUCGUGCAGCGGUGUCUGAUGGGAGAAAUAUGUUGGCAUGUAAGUCCCCCAUGUAGUCCCCUCUGGGAGUGCCCCUGGGGAGGGACUCAGGAAACCCCUUGCAUGGGGACUUGUAUAAAUUGUCUUGCCGAUUUAAAAGGAUUUCAGUUGACUCCCAAAACUGUGUCUCGUCCGGUUAUUGGGAGGUUGGGGAUAUUGCCUGGUUGUUUUCAGCGCUUGACUGUGGAUUCGUUUCUGGACCAGCGGAAUUCGUGGAUUUAUUAUUGGCGUUCCGCUACACUAUGUAUAAUAAUAAUAAUAAUAUAACCUGUAUAUAAUAAGAAUAAUAAUAAUAAUAAUAAUAAUAUAAUAACCUGUAUAUAAUAUAAUAAUAUAACCUGUAUAUUAUAAUACUAAUAAUAUAAUAAUAUAACAACCCGUAUAUAAUAAUAUAAUAACCUGUAUAUAAUAAUUUAAUAACCUGUAUAUAAUAAUACAAUAAUAAUACCACAAAAUGAGCCAGGGGAGAAAGGGUCAGACUACAAUAAUAAUAUAAUAACCUGUGUAAUAAUAUCCUGUAUAUAAAAAUAUAAUAACCUGUAUAAUAAUAUAAUAGCAUGUGUAUAUAAUAAUAAUAUCCUGUAUAUAAUAUAAUAACCUGUAUAUAAUAAUAUAAAAAAUAAUAUUCUGUAUAUAAUAAUAAUAACAACCUAAUAUUAUAUAAUACUACCACAAAAUGAUCUGGAGGGGGAGACAAUAUUAUAUUAUAAUAAUACCCUGUAUAUAAUAAUAAUAUAAUAACCUAUGUAUAAUAAUAACUCCAAAUGAUCCAGUGGUAGAGAGGGUGAGACAAUUAUGAUAUUCUAAUAAUAUAAUAACCUUUAUAUGAUAACUCCAAAUGAUCCAGGGGGAGAGAGUGUGAGACAAUAAUAAUAAUAAUAAUAAUAAUAUAAUACCCUUUAUAUGAUAACUCAAAAUGAUCCAGGAGGAGAGAGGGUAAGAUUAUAUUAUAAUAUUAACAACCUAUCUUUAAUAAUAAUAACUCAAAAAGUGUCCAGGGGGAAAGAGGUUGAGACAACUAUGAUAUAAUAAUACCCUGUAUAUAAUAAUAAUAUAAUAACCUAUGUAUAAUAAUAGUAACUCCACAUGAUCCAGUGGUAGAGAGAGUGAGACAAUUAUAUUAUAAUAUAAUAACCUUUAUAUGAUGAUAACUCCAAAUGAUCCAGGGGGAGAGAGUGUGAUACAAUAAUAAUAAUAUUAUAAUAUAAUAACCUUUUUAUAUGAUAACUCUAAAUGACCCAGGGGGAGAGAGGGUAAGACAAUAAUAAUAAUAUAAUAAUAAUAAUAAUAAUAAUAACCUGUAUGUAAGAAUAAUACCACAAAAUGAUCCAGGGGAGAGAUGGAAAGACUAUAAUAAUGAUCACCUGUAUAUAAUAAUACCACCAGAAAAUGAUCCAGGGUGAGAGAAUAAUAAUAAUAAUACUACCAGAAAAUGAUCCAGGGGGAUAGAGGUAGAGACUAUAAUAAUAAUAAUAAUAAUAACCUGAAUAUGAUAAUACCACAAAAUGAUCCAGGGGGAGAGAGGGUAAGGCAAUAAUAAUACCACAAAAUGAACCGGGGGAGAGAGGGUGAGACAAUAAUAAUACCCCAAAAUGAUCCAGGGGAGAGGGCUUAAGAGAAUAAUAAUAAUAUAAUAACCUGUAUAUAAUAAUACUACCACAAAAUGAUCCAGGGAGGGGGGGAGGGGAGGGGAGAGACAAUAUUAUAUUUUAAUAAUACCCUGUAUAUAAUAAUAGUAUAAUAACCUAUGUAUAAUAAUAAUAAUAACUCCAAAUGAUCCAGUGGUAGAGAAGGUGAGACAAUUAUGAUAUUGUAAUAAUAUAAUAACCUUUAUAUGAUGAUGAUAAUAACUCCAUAUGAUCCAGGGGGAGAGAGUAUGAGAUAAUAUUAUAAUCUUUAUAUGAUAACUCAAAAUGAUCCAGGGGGGGAGAGGAUGAGAUAUUAUAACCUCACAGAGGGAGAGAUAAUAACAUGUAUAUAAUAAUAGCCUUUAUAGAAUAAUAACUCAAAAUGACCUAGGGGUGAGAGAGAGCCUGUUUAUAAUAACCUUUAUACUGUGUGACCUCUGACCUUUAUAUUAAUCUGACACUGCACAUUGAACAGCACUUCUCAUCCAACUCAUUAUUCCAUUGUAUGAAUAUCUUUAUACAACUUCAAAAGUCUCUUAUUGAUGUCAUGUCGGAAGGAAAUAUAGAGGGCAGAGCUGAAUGUGGUUCUGGAUGAAAUGCCUUCGGUGGUUUAAAGGGCACUGUAGCUCCGUAUAUUGGUUAUGUUUGUUUUCUGUAUUUCUAGGGAUGAUCCAAGAGAUUUCAACAAGGAGAGAGACAUGAUGCAUAAAGCAAACUACACGUAUGUCCUCCGCCUUCUUGGCGUGUAUGAGAAGCGAGAUGGAGAGCAGAUAGAGUAUGGCCUAGUGAUGGAAUACAUGCACAAUGGCUCUCUUCGGACCCUGUUUGAUAAGGUCCCAGAUGUCCCAUGGGCUCUAAGGUUUCAGAUACUUCAUCAGGUAGUCCUUGGUAUGAAUUAUCUCCAUCAUGUUCUCAAUCCAUCUAUAAUUCACCGAGAUCUCAAGCCCCGUAAUGUCCUUCUUAACAAGUACUUGGAUGUACAGGUAAGUAGCACUGACUCCGGUUUACAUUUCAUAUGGAGAUUUUUUUUAAAUGGAAAAACGUCUAAACAAUGAUGGCGAUUUCUGAUCACCCUAUGCCUGGUACAUAGCAGUCCUGGUACACAGCAGUUUUCUUUCCCUGCUGUGCACAAGUUAUGUAUGCAGUCAUGGGAAACAGAAAGUACACUAUCUUUGAAUUUCAUGGUUUUACAUAUCAGGACAUAACAAUCAUCUGUCCCUUAGCAGGUCUUAAAGGGACACUAUUGGAACCCAGACUACCUCAUUUCAUUGACUCGUUCCGGGUACAGUGUCCCUGACCCCCUUAGUCCUGCAAUGUAAAUCAGUGCAGUUUUACACUGCGUCAUAAUUUAUUUAAAGGGACACUAUAGGCACCCAGACCGCUUCAACGAGGGGGGAGCGACAGUUCCAGAAAUACAGUUUUGUUUUCCUGGCACUUAUAGUAUCCCUUUUACAAAAAUAAAUCCAAAAUGGAGAAGCCAUGUGUGAAAAACUAAGUACAACUUUACGUCUUUAUAGGAAUUUAGAUGCCAAGUGGCCAACUUGUGCUGCUAAUCAAAUGCCCUUGAUUGAUUAUCAGUAAGUGUGACAACCUCUGUAAAAGCUAAAGUUUUAGUAGUUUGCUGGUCUGGAGAAUUCAGGUGUGUGUUAACACAAUGCCAAGGAGGAAAAGCAUAAGCAAUGGUCUUAGAGAAGCACUUGUUGUUUCCCAUUAAACUGGGAAAAGUUAUAAGGCCAUUUCCAAACAAUUUAAAGUCCAUUGUUCUACAAUGGAAAAAUUAUUCAAAAGUGGAAAACAUUCAAGACGGUUGCCUAUUUUCCCAUAAGUGGACGUCCCAGCAAAUUCACCCCAAGCUCAGACCGUGCAAUCCUCAGAAAAAUUGCAAAAAACCCAGGAGUUACAUCUCAGACUACAGAUAUCAGCAUGUUAAAUUAUAAAGUUCAUUAACAGUAGAACUAUAAAAAGACUGAACAAGUAUGGUUUGCUUGGAAGAGUUGCCAGGAGAAAACCUCUUCUCUAUAAAAAGAAAAUGGCAGCACGGCUUACGUUUGCAAAGUUGCAUCUGAACUAAUCACAAGAUUUCUUGAGCAAUGUUCUCUGGGCAGACCAGACCAAAAUGGAGAUGUUUGGCAGAAACCAAACCCAACAUGUCAGCACAAACACCUCAUACAAACUGUCAAGUACCUUGGUGGAGGGGUGGUGAUUUGGGCUUGUUUUGCAUCCACAGGACCUGGGAACUUUGCAGUCAUUGAGUUGACCAUGAACCUCUCUAUAUACCAAAGUUUACUACAGUCAAGUGUGAGGUCUGUCUGACAGCUAAAACUUGACCGAAAUUGCUUCAUGCAACCGGACAAUGAUCACAAGCAUUCCAGUAAAUCUACAACAGAAUGGCUGAAAAGAAUCAAGUUGUUGCGAUGGCUCAGUCAAAGUCCAGACCUCAACCUGAUCGAAAUCCUGUGGUGGGAUCUUAAGAGAGCUGUGCGUAAACAAAUGUCGGCAAAGCUCAAUGAACUUGAGCAACGUUGAGCAAGCCAAACAUUUUCGACAAUGUGAGAGACCAAUGAAGUCAUACAGAAAACAAUUACCGUAUAUACUCGUGUAUAAGUCGAUCUCAUGUAUAAGUCGACUGCAGUUUUGUGACCAACAAUUGUGAAAUAUGAUAUGCCUCGUGGAUAAGUCGAAGGUAAAACUUGGGGCUAUGAAAUUCUGUGAUUUUUAUAAUUAUAUACACACACACUCAUACAAACACACACUCUGCAUUAUAUACACACACACACUCAUACAAACACACACUCUGCAUUAUAUACAAACACACACUCAUACAAACACACACUCUGCAUUAUAUACACACACACACUCAUACAAACACACACUCUGCAUUAUAUAUACACACACACUCAUACAAACACACACUCUGCAUUAUAUACACACACACUUAUACAAAAACACACUCUGCAUUAUAUACACACACUCUGCAUUAUACACACACACACUCAUACAAACACACACUCUGCAUUAUAUACACACACACAUUCAUACAAACACACACUCUGCAUUAUAUACACACACUCUGUGUAUAUAAUGCAGAGUGUGUGUUUGUGUAGUGUGUGUGAACUGGGUGGGGGGAGGGCAUUUUUAUUAUUUUAAUUUUUUUUUCAUUUUAAUAUUUUUUUAAUUUUUUUUUUUUUGUCCCCCCCUCCCUGCUUGUUAACUGGUCAGGGAGGGGGUUAUCUUAAUCCCUGGUGGUCCAGUGGCAUGGGCUGUGAAGUGGGGGGGGCCGGCAGGAAGCAUUUACUUACCUUUCCUGCAGCUCCUGUCAGCUCCCUUCUCCUCCGUUCCGGUCAGCUCCACUGUAAGUCUCGCGGUCUGGUUGCCGCGCGGAUCGUUGCCAUGGCUCUGACGGCCGCGGCUCUCUAAGUUGCUAUAAUACAGACAGUGACUCGAGUAUAAGUCGAGUGGGGGUUUUUAAGCACAAAAAAUGUGCUGAAAAACUAGACUUAUACUCGAGUAUAUACUGUACUUCACAUUAUUUCUGCUAAACGUGUGUCUACAAGCUAUUGAAUAAUAAGGUGUAAUUCGUUUUUCAUACAUGGCGUCUCCGUUUUAGCUUUAUUUUUGUUAAAUAAAUCAUGACACUGCGUUACAUGUCCUGUUGAUGUUCAUCUGAGGUUGUAUUUACCUAAUGUUAAGACCUGCUAAGGAACAUGUGAUUAUCUUUUGAUUUGUAAAACCAUGGAAUUCAAAGAAGGCCGUACUUUCUAUUUCUCAUGACUGUAUGUGCAGAAUCGCGAUAUGUAGCAGAGAUUUUUUUUGGUCUCCUGUUUUCUUACCCGUAUUGGUGAAUGUUACACAGAAGCUUUUUGUUUUGUAUUUUGCACACUAUGUAACAUGCUGAAAAAGGAAAUCACAACACAUUAUUUUUUUUCCUUUUCCUCCCAGAUUACGGAUUUUGGACUGGCUAAAAAUGCAGGCUCCACUACCACCUCAUUAAAUCAGUCAGGGCCGGGAACGAUAUCGUACAUGCCACCUGAGUCUUUCAGAGUUUUAAACUACAAGCCAACAAAAAAGUUUGAUGUUUACAGGUGAGACUGGAUCGGGAAUGAGUGUGGGCAUUGCAAAUGGAAGCUGCUGUUUCUUAGAAUGUGACUAUUCUUUGGUUUUCUUGACCAACUGGGCUCUGUCACUUUUAGGUACUGGUUAAAGAAACAUGCACAAUCCUUAAGCUGCAUUAAGGGAAAAGUUGUUUUCCUGGCACUAUAGAUUUCUAUAGUGCCCCCCCUCUCCAGUAGGGCAGAAGGGGUUAAGAGCCCCUUCUGUCACUUACCUGAGUCCAGCACUGAUGUCCCUCAGUGCUGGUUCAGGCUCCGUCAACCCGCGAACUACAGCCGGAGGCAAUGUCCGUGCUUGCAUUAGUAUUCCCACAUAGGAAAACCUUGGGAACCUGGCAACCCGGAAGCAAUCUAGUGGCUGUCUGGUAGAGGUGGAGCUAAGCCUCAAAGGUAAUUAUUGCAGUUUAUCAAAAACUGCAAUAAUUACUUUCCAGCGUUAAAGGACCUGGGACUAUGCACCCAGACCAUUUCAAUGAGCUGAAGUAGUCUGGGUGCCUAUAAUGUCCAUUAAACUUGCUGAAGAGAUUUAGUGGUUAACAGAGUGUCCUGUCACAAAACUGUCAGACAGGCGGGAGGGUGCUUUUUCAGAUUAUGUUGGGGCACGAAGCAUAAAGUGAUGCUUCUCGUGGUGGCACACUGGAUUGGUGCUUCUCGUGGUGGCACACUGGAUUGGUGCUUCUCGUGGUGGGACACUGGAUUGGCAGCUGUGCCGGGGUCUCGCCGUCUCUCACCCACCCUGGAUCCACCUCCCAGUGGGUGAACCUUUCCUAAAUCCAGAGAGCGUAGCAGAAACAAAUCAAGCUCUUACAAGAGCUUACUCUGGGGAGUAAGUGAUUACAGCAAUCCCCAGAGUGUAGGUAUCCCUUCCCCCGAGCAUGAGCCAAGGCUUCAAGAAAGUUGCAAGUAGGUCUGGUUUAUUGAGGGCUACCUGCCCGGUAUUCUUGCAAGUGUCCACCAGAUGGACACUCCCCUAGGGGACCUGAUGGAACAAUGGGACACAUAUUGGAUAUCAGCCAAUCACAGACAAUACAAACAAAACACUCCCACAGUGACAUCACAAUCCCUCCUCUCUAUCCUGGAGAUAAUUGGGAAGUAAUCAAAUUAUCUCCCAGGACAGAGGCAAGACUCCAUUAACCACAUGGUUACAAAAAGACAUAAAAUUACACAAUGUUACAAUUACUACAUAAAACAUAUACCUGCAACAUAUCCCCAGAUAUCUUAGAUCUGAGAGCACAUUCUUACCGAAUGACACUCAGAUCACAUACAGUUCAAUCGCCAUGGAGCCAAAGUCUUUUCCAUAGUCUUUCAUUACACAAAUAGGCUCCAUGGCAUAGCUAUCUGGGGUAGCACUACUCACAUACUGAAAGUCCCGAACGCCCCGGCAGAAAUACACAAACCUUUCUGCAGGGGAAAAUACCGCUAUCAGCACAGGGGCCAUAGUGGGAAGGCAGGAGGCGAAGGGCACUUUGUCACAGUAAGUAACCCUUUAUUUAGGGGAACAGCAAGGGAGCUGUACCUAAAUAGGCUUCAAAACACUCCAACAUUAAAUACAUUUUUAUUUGUAAUGUGAGAAAUUUCCUUGAGAGGGUUAUGCCAGGUUGGCGUUGGCCAUUCUAAUUUAUUAUACAGAUAAUACGUAAAAAUGUAUAUAAAAAAAAAAAAAGUACAUAUAUUUAAAAAAAUAUUAAUUAAUUAGUAUUACAUUUUAAAGGGACACUAUAGUCACCUGAACAACUUUAGCUUAAUGAAGCUGUUUUGGUGUAUAGAACAUGGCCCUGCAGCCUCACUGCUCAAUCCUCUGCCAUUUAGGAGUUAAAUCCCUUUGUUUAUGAACCCUAGUCACACCUCCCUGCAUGUGACUUGCACAGCCUUCCAUAAACACUUCCUGUAAAGAGAGCCCUAUUUAGGCUUUCUUUAUUGCAAGUUCUGUUUAAUUAAGAUUUUCUUAUCCCCUGCUAUGUUAAUAGCUUGCUAGACCCUGCAAGAGCCUCCUGUAUGUGAUUAAAGUUCAAUUUAGAGAUUGAGAUACAAUUAUUUAAGGUAAAUUACAUCUGUUUGAAAGGGAAACCAGUUUUUUUUUUUUCAUGCAGGCUCUGUCAAUCAUAGCCAGGGGAGGUGUGGCUAGGGCUGCAAAAACAGAAACAAAGUGAUUUAACUCCUAAAUGACAGUGAAUUGAGCAGUGAAAUUGCAGGGGAAUGAUCUAUACACUAAAACUGCUUUAUUUAGCUAAAGUCAUUUAGGUGACUAUAGUGUUCCUUUAAGGUCUUGCAAAUACCACAUUUAAAAAAUGUAAAAUAAAACACACACAUCAUAGGAUAGUACUGUUUUAAAAUGAUAUUAAGGCAAAGUACAGAUGUUCACUUGCUGUGUUUGCUCUAUUACAAAAGUGUGGUUUAUGGACCCCUGGUAAAUACUUUGAAGGAGGUUUUUGUAGCUACCUGUAACGGAACCGCUGGCACCCCGACCGGGUACCUUCUGCCGACGGAUGCUCCUAGUGCUUUCCGAGGACUCCAAGCACUCUAGCCGACACCAUAACCACUGCAGUCCCCACGAACCGCCGCAGCUUGGUUGGGGUCUCGCCGUCUCCACCCACUCUGGACCCAGGACCAGGGUCCAGCUUCCAGCAGGUCCACCUCUCUCCGAAUUCCAGAGAGCAGGAACAGGAACAAGCUCUUAGCAGAGCUUAGUGAUUAUACCCUGGGGAGUAUAGUGAUUAUAGCAAUCCCCAGAGUGUAGUUUCUCCAAUCCCCAAACAUGAGCCGAAACUUCAUGAAGGUACAAGAUGAUCUGUUUAUUGGCACACAAAGAACCUUCUUUUAUGCAGGUUUCCCUGAGAUAGGACCACCCACAGGGUUUUACACAACAACCAAUCAUAAACGUACAUUACAGAAACACUCCCAGCAAUUACACACAAAGAUCCUCCCCUCUGCCUGUGAUAUAAUUAUGUUGCACAAUAGUUUAACAUAAUUAACACAGGCAGUAAAAAUACAGUUUUAUACAUGUACUAUAACUUUAAAACUACACAUCCCAUCUUCAUAAUUACAUAUUUGGAAUCAGCACACUUUAAACAUAAACAUAACCAAAAAUCAGACAAAUCCAUCCGGGGGUUAAAAAGUUAGCUGGAGGUCCCUUUAUGACCGACCGCAAGCACAUUUUCCUGCCCAAAACAGUUCCAUAGAUUUGGGCUGUGCGGUCGGUCUAUUUCAGGCUGAAAAAAACGACUAAGUCCCAUCGCCGAAUGGGACUUAGUCUCUGCAGCUGUAAAACCAGUAGGGGAGAAGGUAGGGCUCAGCGGUGUUCGCGGAAAUGUGUAGCCGAUUUUAGUUCCAUGAAUUUGGCUACACGUACCGCUGACCUCGUUCGCAUUAACAAAGAUGGCCGCCGCCACGUGUUCGGCAAUCGAACAAAGGCCACCCAGCAUUGUCAAUUAAGCUGCGGUUAACCGCAGCUUCUGGGAGGUAAAUUGCCGACACACUCCCAAUACAGUUGGUCCGUCUGUGUGGUACUUGGUUCAGUAAGCCCCAUUUACUGAACCAAGUGGGAAAUAGCUAGGAACAAAGGGUUUUAACCAGGUCUGGGGACACAGGGGACACCGUCUUAAAGGGGCAGUGUCCCAAACAAGUCUGGGGACACCGUCUUAAAGGGUCAGUGUUCCAAUCUUCCUGAUGUCCCAAAAAGGUGUUUAAAGGGCCAGCACCAGUCCCAUAACCCACAAGGCAGGUCUUAAAGGGCCAGCAGCAGCACAAUAUAAAUCCAUUAGCACAAAUAAGGUUUGUAAAGUGCCAUACAACCCAGGGCCGUAGUCAUGAGGCAGGAGGCUGGCACUCAGGCUCCUCCAACCGCCAGGGGCAAAUGGCAACUUGUCACCUAAAAAUCUAGUGACGAAAGGCAUUUCGUCACACUACCUAAUCCUCCCUCUAUUUCCCAAACACAGAGAAGCAUUGUGAACCCUGAGCAUUAUAAGCAAGUGAAUAUGCCCCAAAAAAUCAAAUAUGGGAACUCUAACACUAUUACAUAACUGAAUACAAAUUAGGUGGGUGAAAAAUAUUCACACUAAUGUGCUACAAAGAAUUAUAUUCAUCAGUCACGCAAGAGGUUACUGAAAAACUAUAUGCUGGGGGCUGUGGGGGUUGAGAGGGACAUCUUCCACCUCUAGUCCUAAAGUAAACACUGUGAUUGACAGCCUGGGGAGGUGUGGCUAGGGAUGUAGAAAUAGUGAUUUAAAGCUUAAACGAGAGUUGAUCUUUAGGACAGCAGGGACAUAGUCUACAUACCAAACUAUUUUAUUAAGCUGAAGUGUUUUUGGUACGUAGAAAGACCCUUCGAGAUAAAUAUCCCUUGAAUUUUCUUUAAUAUGCAUGACAUUGAGAUAUAGAUUUGUAGACCCCAGAUAAUAUUUUCAAUGUUUUUUAGUUUUUUCCCCUUCCUAUUAAAAUGACUUUUGAACAUGCUUAUUAUUCUAGCAGCCAAUGAGGCAUACAUGUAUGAAUAUCUCCUCUCACUCACACCCUGACUUCACCUCCCCGACCUACUGAUUGUACCUUUCAUUGUAUUACAGCUUCGCCAUCUUAACGUGGUCGGUUCUGUCAGGUCAGGAGCCGUAUGAGGGUACGUUCCAUCACAUAAUCUCCUCUGUCCUUGUACGUCUGCUGUUUUUUUGUUGUAUACAGCCCUAAUAAAACUACCUUAAGGGAACACGUCAGACACAUAAAGCACGUCAGGCUACUGAUUCAUAAACCAGCUGAUAUCAGUAGAAAUCAACACAGUUAUAAUUGGGGCGGGUUGUCCGUCAGAAAGCCAGGAAGGUGUUUUUUCUGCUUCUGCUGCAUCCAUUCAGCUAAUGCAAGCGGCAGGGGCACUUGGUUAACAUGCUCACCUGUCAUUCGCCAAUAGGAAAGCCACGCUCGCUAUAUAAGAAAUCUGAUUGUGAUAUUCAGACUGAAAGUUUGUAUUGCGGAGGGGAUGCAGAGCAGGUCUGCAGCUAUUUCAAGCUGUUUUUCUUUAUAUACCACCAAAUGCUGUAAAAAAUGCAUACAUAUUUAUAUGGAGGUAUGUCUACUAAAUUGUAAAAAAAUACAAAAUAUUGGUGUGUUCCUUUAUAAUGAUACGACACCUGAAAAUGUAUUUUUGUGGCGGUAUCUCUAGCACACCAUUUAUGCUUCGCUUAAACGUUUGUAUGGGAGAACUAUGAUUGUGCUGAUACUGUGUCUGUAGCGUUGCAGGAUUCUUCUUCACUGGCACCACCUACUGUAUCUGUCAGGAAAGUCAAGCUAUGAUAGUUAACGUUAAAACAUACUAUAUGUGUAACAGCUCUACCCAAGUUUAUAAGCCUGUCUGUUUCCCCAUGGUGCAGAGACCUCUAAUGGUGAAACUCAGAACUCCAAUAAUGCUGAAGUGCCGUGACCUUUGGUAGUAGAAUUGCCAGUGGUGUACUUGUUAGUUCACCCAAGGUGUCUGUAAAUCUAGAAUAUUGUGCCCUAGGAGGGGACAAUGUCUGGCCGGGAGUAGGAGUAAGCGCAGAUGUUGAUACCUGGCUGGAAAUAGGAGUGGACACAGGGAUUGACCUGUGUUCCUUCCUGGCUGGGAGUAGGAAUGGGUGCCGAGGUCGAGUUGGGAGUAGAAGAGUGUGAAGGGGUCAAUGCCAGGCCAGGAGUAGGAGCGGGCGCAGGGUGGAUGUCUGGCCAGGAGUAGUUUUGAUCCAAGUAGAAGCAUGUAUAGUGUUUUAUUGUGCUUUAAUAAAUACUUAUAAAUAGCUGCACAAAACAAAUUCAUAAAAAGUGACACUCCCCUUUCCAAGUGAGUUUGCCACAAGCUCCUGGGGGAGCCUGCUUGCCAGUCUCAUGCCCACAGACUAUAGACCCUGUAAAAUGUAAUGUAAAAGUCUACGUUUGUGUAUUUGAAGCUUGUUAAGCCUAAUUGCUACUUUGUAGCAAUUUCCACCGCAGUGUUCUAAGUGUUCGUGGUGGUGUAUGAGGUGGCGGCCAUCUUGUUAGCAUGAACACAGGCAGCUGUGUUUGGUCGUCAAGUUCAUGAAACAAUUUUCGGACCCUGAAACUCCCGAACACCGCUGGACUUCCAUGAUCGCCUAUGUACGGUUCUACAACACGUAGAAAGACACUGUUCGGUGGAAACAUUCCCACGAACAAGGGAAGCAAGCUCCAGGGUAAGAAUAUUGAUUAUGUUCAGUAGUUUGUUUGGUUUUAAACUACCGACCUAGACUGAACGCAAGCCCCGAUUCUCUGUUUUGGGUAUGGGACCAUGCGUGCGGUUGGUCAAAUUAUGACUUCCCUGAAAUUCUUGAACCGAUCUGGUGAUUAUUGGAUAUGUAGGUCACCCAGAUCGGAGCUCUCAGGAGAUUUGUGAGAUUUUGAGGUAUUUUUAAGGUACUAUUGGGGUGUUUGUGAAAUGUAUUUUUUGCGCAUGGAGAUCAGACACCCGACGUCGUGAACACCGUUGAGACUUCCAUCUCUACAUAUGUUUGGCUAGAUUCGUAUGGGAAGAGCGGCGUUCGGUGGGAGCAAGCUCCCGAGCGAGGGACAUAGACUGAACCUACCCACGAACCGCUACGUUUGGUAUUUUGACUCUAUUAAGUAUUCUCAAAAGAGACCGACCGCACAGCCUGAAUUCAUGGAACUCUUUAGGGCAGGAGCCUCGUGUGCGGUCAGUCCAUGGAAAUCCUGAACCAAUCUGGGUGAUAUUUGGAUAUGUUGGUCACCCAGAUCGGGGCUAUCAGGCGAUGUGACUUUUGUGGGGUUUCCAUGGGUUUUAAGGGUACUUUCGGGGUACUGCUGAAAUGUGUGUUUUUGUGACUGGAGAUGAUUACAUUAGUACAAUACCUGAUCCAAUUAUCUCCCAGGCACAGAGGAGAGAUUAUCUGAUUUUGUAUGGGAGUGUCCUGGAUCUGAGAGCCAAUGUAAUUGUGUAUUUGUUUCUACUGUGAGCGAAAGAAAUAUAUACUGGUGCUAAAUACAAAUAGAUAAUUACAGUGUUAUACACAAAUACUAUUCACAAUAGCUGCUGUAACACCAAGUGUAGUCUUUACACAUACACCAACCACAUAAACCAAAAUACAAAAAAAGGUGUAGCGCUACAUACAAAUCAGAGUCCGUCCAAAAUCAGAAUGCGUAUUUCUCCAAUGUUCUCACAGUAGUGUUGGUAUUCUGGCAGAAAUUGCCUUAAAACAGAAUUUAACUCCAAUAGUGUGAAACUGUUAUAUAUAUAGAAUUAUACAUAUAUUAAAGAAAAUCACUCACAUUCUCCUGAGCUAUUUACCUAGCUCAGGGAUAAAACGCUCACAGAUCCGUAAAGGCGACCUUCCCCUUCUUUAAGUAAGGUAAUCUUGCACGAUGUCAGCUAGGGCUUAAACAGUGUAUGGUGCAAUAUUGUCUGAAGCCAGCAGUCCAAUAUAAAAUAGGUAUAUAUUAUACUCACAAGGAUAGAGCCAUAAAUAGGCUCGGUCACAGCACGUUGUGUAGUUCAGGACUACACACCUAUUAGCAGGAACCAGUAGCCCCAAGUGUAUAUGUAAAAUACUUUUAUUAGAUGAUCUCAAAUUAAAAUUCUAAUGGCCAAUUAGAAAAUCAAUAAAAAAACAUCAUAAUCAAAAAUCAAUAUAAAAUGUGCAAAAUAUAAAAUACUUUGAAUAAAGGUGAUAUGGAUGCGUUUCGCCGAGCACCUUUCGGCUUCCUCAGCUGGGUAUAUUUCUUCAGUGCAAUCCCCCGUCUAUCCAGAGUCCUGCUUAAGUACCUUAUCCAUACAUCUCGGCAUGCUGUGCAGCUGUUUAUUCUCGUGCCAAUUUUCUAAAGUUUUUGGCGGGCGAUGUGUGUGUUCCAAGCCUCCCUCUCGCUGCUCAUUACUUCCGCAUAUAACCUCAUAAUCUUCUUUGCUGAUCGUAUUCCUCAUGCUGUAUAACUGUCCACAAAAAAAAAAUCUACAAUCUCUCAUAUUGUGUGAUCGUAUAUUAGUUCCAAUUAUAGUUAGAGAGACCAGGGAAAAAAGAGGGAAAAUGCAACUAAUAUGUAUGAAAUAAAACAGGUAUACGCUUUCGCAUCACAUCGAUUUUCACAAAUACAUCAUUGCAUAAAGAUAUAUGUCAGUGUCAGUGUUACAAGUUGUAUUUGGCAAAUGUAGCAAAAAAAGAGUUCAAACCUUCGCAUCACGUUAAUCUUCAUAAAUAAAUCAUCACGUGAAGAUACAGAUCUAUGAUGCAAGUUGUAUCUGAACACAAUGAAUCAACACACCUCUUAAUCCGUAAAUAGCUUUUACAAAUAUCUAAUGUGUUUCAAAUAGUUGAUAAAGAAUCUUAAAGCUGUAUCUGCUCUUAUACAUCCUAUAUGUUCCAAAGAUGCCAUAUCGUAAAAAAAUUGGUACAUUCUGUGUAGUUGUAUAUAUUUAUACGAUAUGAUUCUUUAUCACUAUGCCUGUUUCUUCUAAGUAGGGAUAUAUAUAUUAAAAUAUGUGUCAACUAACACCUACCUAGGGAAUGGUUCUUCUAAAAAUAGGUGGAACUAUAAAAAAACAAUAAAAUUAUAUCCAGAUAAUCUUUAAAAAAAAUAUAUAUAUAUAUAUAUGUGUGUGUGUGUGUGUAUGGAAUGCAUUGGGUAGAAUAAUCUAGCCCUGGAGAGUGGAGAAAAUGGAAAUAAUUGGGAUAGGAAUAAGUAAGUGAAAGGUCUCUACUAGUAAAGACAAGCCCCCAUAAAAGCUCUUGAAAGUAAAUACAUAAAAUUAGGUAUAAAAACCUACACGUACCAGGCGAUCCCUAAACCAAUAAAAGGUGAAGUCUAAUAUACAAAUAAAUAAAUAGCUAUAAGAAGUGGAGUGCGAAGUAAAACCAGUACAGAUAGAGGAAUUGGCAAUAGCAAACUUAUAGACAGAUAAAAUGCAAUCUGAAAAACGAACACUAGAUGGCAGCCAAGUACUGAGCGAUCUCACAUAGGAGGGGAAUGUUCACGAAACAAUCAAUAAUCAGCAGACAUAAAGUAUAUAAAUAAUAAUAAUAAUAAUAAUAAAGUCCAAAUAUGACCUAAAAUGUUCUGUGACUCCAAAGAAUCUGUACAGUCUUAUCUGUUGUGUAAUGUACCAUUCAGUAGUCCAAUCCUUAGAAAGAGGAGUCCAAAUUGAUGGUAUAACGAUAAAAGUUGGUAACUGAUGUUCUGGAUACCAAAUGUUUGAUGUGGAGAUAGGACCUGCUAAGAAAUAAUUCUACUGUCACAGUCAACACACUUUGUAACUAUCCAUUGAAAAGAUAGUUACACUCACGUGUCAGACUAUAAACAUACUAUAACCCAUAAUGGUAAAAUGAAAGCAAAAAUUUAUCAAAAUGUUGCAUGAAAGAUACUAUUACUCACAUACCACUAUAGCAGGUAGAUGGUAAUAUUACUUGCCCAUAUGUAUAAGCUAAAAAUAAGAGGAAGCAGUGCUUUUCAAUUAAAUACUUCAAAUUUAUUAGUCAAAAUUAGAGUUAAAAUCCACUCACGAACAUGAAGUGUAAUAAAGCAGCAAAUAAGUCCUGGGAGUCUGCAAGAACGGGUAAUGUUGAAAAAAUACUGUGGAAGAUCCUGCCCCCGGCCGGUGAGGUGAUCUUGCUGUGCUAGGAGAGAUGGAGCCCUCUUCGCGUGCGUUACACUUAUUAUCCGCUCUGCGUUCCACGGUACUCGGUAGCUGCAGUGAUGUCAGUAUAUAUAUAUAUAUAUAUAUAUAUAUAUAUGUGUGUGUGUGUGUGUAUAUAUAUAUAUAUAUAUAUAUAUAUAUAUAUAUAUAUAUAUAUAUAUAUAUAUAUAUAUAUAAAAAUUUAAAAUAUCAACAUCCCCUGCACUCACGCUUGAAGUAUUCCAAAUGCCGGGCGCACCACCAAAGCUCCAAUAGGUAUAACUUCCACAAGAAAAGGCUGCUCUCCGGACUUAAAAUCAAAGGUUUUAUUGAAAAUAUUUAAAAAUGAUGACCAACGUUUCGGUCCCCGAUCGGGACCUUCCUCAGGGUCAGAGACAACAGAACAACAGUAAACAGUGUACAAAAUGACAAUAUAUACCAUUACAUUAAGUGAAAUAACUCACCCAGGUGUUCUAUUCUCGUUUCCCGCCGGCACCCAGUGAAUUUCCGGGUAUGCGCGCGCACGUCAAUGCGUGCUCCGCCCCCUCAUCAUUGUAUACACGGUUGCUAAGGAGACCGGUCUAUGUGGCACGUAACGUAACAUGAUGAGGGGGCGGAGCACGCAUUGACGUGCGCGCGCAUACCCGGAAAUUCACUGGGUGCCGGCGGGAAACGAGAAUAGAACACCUGGGUGAGUUAUUUCACUUAAUGUAAUGGUAUAUAUUGUCACUUUGUAUACUGUUUAUUGUUGUCCUGUUGUCUCUGACCCUGAGGAAGGUCCCGAUCGGGGACCGAAACGUUGGUCAUCAUUUUUAAACAUUUUCAAUAAAAUCUUUGAUUUUAAGUCCGGAGAGCAGCCUUUUCUUGUGGAAGUUAUAUAUAUAUAUAUAUAUAUAUAUAUAUAUAUAUAUAUAUAUAUAUAUAUAUAUAUAUAUAUAUAUAUAUAUAUAUAUAUAUAUAUAUAUAAAUAAACUUAAAGGGGUAUCUACCUAUUUAAAAAAAUAUGAAAUAAUUAUUCUAAAAAAUGACACAUCUCAAAUCUGAGUUAAGGCAAUAGGGAAUAAGGGUAUUCAAUUCAAAGAUCCACUUCAUUUCUUCUUUACUUAAUUUCACAUCAAAAGUGCCUCCUCUCCAGUCCUUCUCUACUCUUUUUAACCCUAAAAAUACGGUGCUUAUCGGUGAUUGAUUAUGAAAUUGUUCAUAAGGGAGGGGUACACUCCUUUUUAUCUGCUCCUUUUAGGAUAUUCCUACUGUGUUCCUCGAUCCUACUGUGGAGUGCUCUAGUGGUUUUCCCUACGUAGUUUAAACCGCAAGGGCUUUGUAUCACAUUAUCCGUAUGGCAUGUAAUAGCUUUUCUUAUUUUAUGUUCUUUCCCUUCCUUACUCUUAAAGUGCAUUAUUCUUCUUUUUUUAUUUCCCCAUUUUUCUACAUGCCAAGCAUUUGCCACAUCCGAAGAAGCCUUUUUCCUUGUUAAAAAACAUAUCGGUCUUAUUUUUAUCUCUAAUGAAGCUGGAAGUUAAAAUACUUCAUAGAUUUGUAACGCCUCUAUGUAUAAAUCGAGGUUGUUCCGGUAGGAAGAUUGGAUCUUGGCAGAUAAUAGGCCUAAUACUGUAAUUUUCCGUACUAUAAUUACAGAUAAAGCGCACCCCUUCCAUAUUUUGUUUCACUCUAUCCUUAUAUACUAGGAGAUUUUUACGUUCUGUUUCCUUUACCUUUAUCCUUGCUUCCUCUAAUCUGGUUUCCUCGUAUCCCUUCUCUAAAAAGUCUCUUUUUAUUUUUAUCGAUUGAUUGUCAUAACUCUCUAUAUCUGUACAGUUACGCCUAAUCCGUAAAAACUGGACUCUAGGGGAAUUCUCCAACCAAGGGGUAAAGUGACAGCUUUCUCUUUCAAUGAAGCUGUUGGCAUCCACGGUUUUAAAAAAGUUCUUAGUCUUAAUUUCCCCUUCUUCUAUAAAAAUAAUUAAAUCUAAAAAUGAUACUUCCUGGUCACUCCAGGUACUAGUAAGGCUGAUUCCCCAUGUAUUAGAAUUUAAAAAAUCUAAAAAUUCUUCCAGAAGUUUAACUCCUCCCUUCCAGACAAAAAAGUCAUCAAUGUAAUGGCCAUAGGUAACCAAGCUCUCCCCCCAGCCAUGUCCAUCAUAUAUAAAAUGUUGUUCCCAAUAUGACAUAAAUAAAUUGGCGUAGCUGGGGGCGAACUUGGUACCCAUGGCCGUCCCAUUAACUUGCAAAAACAAUUCCUCUUUAAACCAAAAAAAGUUAUUCUCCAGGAUUAACUUGAUCCCUUCCAAAAUAUAUUUGAUCUGGAUAUCAACAAUAUUCAAGCUAUUUCUUAAAUUAUCUACAGCUUUAUAUCCAUAUUCAUGGGGUAUGCUGCUAUACAAGGCUGCAACAUCGCACGUAACUAGUAAAAGACCUUCUUCCCACACACAGUGAUUUAGUAAGUUGGGUACCGCUAUAGUGUCUUUUAUAUAGGAUCUUGUAUUCUGAACUAUAGGUUGAAGUUGCAGGUCAAUAAAGUGGGAUAGUCUACUUGAGAUGGCGUCCAUCCCUGCAACUAUAGGUCUACCCGGGGGAUUGGUAACACUCUUGUGGACUGAAGGUAAAAAAUAAAAGACCGGAAUUUUUGAAUGUAAAAUAUUAAUGAAAUCAAAUUAUUUUUUUAUUCAAAAUCUCUAAAUCUAGACCCUUUUAAAAAAAAAAAAAUCUCUAAAUUUUUCUUGAAUCCUCAAGCUGGGCUUUUGCCACCAAUUUUUUAUAGGUGUUUUUAUCUGUCAAAAUCCUUUUCGCCUCUUUAUUAUAAAAUUCUUUGGACAUAAUAACAAUACCCCCUCCCUUGUCUGCUGACUUUAUAAUUAGGUUCUCAUUAUAACCUCAUUAUAAGACCAGCUGUGGCUACCAAUAAACCAGUUCCUCUUCACCUUCAACAUAGAGCCUCGUCUCAUGUAUGGAGGGGACAGCUAUAUUCACUCUGGGGAUAUCUUUAUACUCCCCUGGAAUUGUAAUCACUUGCUCUUUUAAGAGCCUAUUGCUACACUCUCUUGGAGGAGAGGUCUACCCACUGGAAGCUGGAUCCUGGUCUUGGGUCCACUGUGGGUGGAGGACAGCGAAACCCCAACCAAGCUGUAACACUGGAAGUGGGGACUACAGUGCUGAUAGUGUCUGGUGAAGUGCUUGGAGUACUCGUGAGCACUAGGAGCAUUGAUUGGCGGAGGCACCUGGUCCUGGUGACAGGCAGUCCAUCACAAGGGAUUAUCCUGUUUUCUGUGGUAGUGUCAUGGACGUGUUUACUGUUACUCCAAAUUGUAUAAAAGCAGGCCAUAUGGCCAGAUUAAAGACAUUCCAGCUUGUACUCCCAGAACUAUGUGUUGUCUGGUUACUGGGAGGGGAAAGGGCUGUUCUUUAAUCACUGUGCCAGUGUGGAGGAAUCAAUGGAGAAAGUCCUUGUAAGGACUAGAGCUCCCAGGACUGAAUGUCGUCCACUGCCUUGGGGUGUCUAGAGCGAAUUCCCCAUUCGGCUCCAGUAGGAAGCAGUUCCAGGAUCCCUGUCAAGCCACGGCGACUGUGGGCAGAAGUGCUGUGGUCCUUGGCAGAGGUACCCAGCAAGGGGCACAGGAAGCUUCGUUACAGUGACAAUCCAUAAAAAGUGCAUCAAAGUGUCUUGAACAUGUUCUCAUGCAAAAUAAAUAUUCAAGUGACAGCAGCAAUUCACAAUACCAAUGUAAAUACACUAGUAAAUCACAAACGCCAAACUUCAAGUACUGUGUUAUAAUCACCACACUUGAGUAGAAAUGAUUUGUGGCAAUAAAAGACCAAAAACAGGUAUACUUGCAUCAAAUCCUAAUGUGCGAUCAAAGAUUGUAUUCCUAGUGUAAUACUGUGAUAAAAUGUAAAAAGACUGGAUAUCUAAAUAGUUGAAUUAACAAGUGCAGAAUGGCUGGAUUCCUACUCUAGACUAUAGUGCCCAGGGAGGAACAACCCCUUGAGUACGUGGGAUCCACUAGUGCCAGAUGCGUAGACUCGCCACCAGCCGAAAAUCCUUAGCUUGAAACUUUAUUCCAUUCCACAAGUGAUAAAUACAAAGUACUACCGACUGUAGGAUCCUACACUCAAAAUACCUCCUUAUCUCUAAUGAUUCUCCCCUGUCAGCCCCGGCGUACUGCGCCGUCCAGGUUCGAACGUGCACUUACGGCUCACAACGAGUUUUGCACUGACUCCUGGGGCUCUCUUAAGCAUGAUAAGUCCUCCCACAUUCCUCUGGUUGCUGGAACUUCCUAUGCUGUAUGGGUUGAUGCCCGACUGGGAUUAGAAGCGGGCGCAGAGGUCUGCUCGGAGAAUAAAACCUAUUUUUAAUUCUAUAAUAAUUAUUGAUUAGAUGUAAGACUGAACUUUACAAAUUAUUUGCAUGUUCGAGACCCUUUCAUGCACUUUUUGUGAAUUGUCACUUUUUAUGAAUUUUUUUGUGCAAGAAUUUUAAAUCUCCAAAUCGGUUUUACCAGAACUGCAUAUGGUUUCUUCAUACAUUGGUCAGUAGAACGCAAACACCAAGUAUAACUUGUUAUAUUCCUUUUAUAUAAUUUGUGCCACCUUUUUCAUCGGAUUCAGUUUUAUUGUGCUUUAGUUGCAGACAACAUGAUGAUUAAACUACUUAUACCGAAUGGCAGCAGGCCAGACAUGGACCUGGUUAAAAAGUGGACUUCUGAGAAGAUGGUUCCAGAAGCUAUUGAUCUGAUGAUGGAAUGUUGGAGUGAAGAUCCAGAAACGAGACCCAGUUUCUCUGGUAAGAUUGUGUUGGUUUAAAAUGCUAAUCAGAAACUGUCCUCAUUAACGGGCCGUGACAAUGUCUUCCACCCAUGGUGUCCGUUUAAUAAAAAGAUAUAUCGAAUACUAAUAAGUUUUAAUAUCUCGUGGUAGAGCAUUGAAACGGGAUCUGUCACAGCUCUGCAAUCUACACCAUUCAAUACAACUGUCUUGUUUAAACAUUUUUAUUCAUGAGAAGCUCAGUUUUCUUUUAAUUUUCUUUAUUAACCCCUUAAGGACACAUGACGUGUGACAUGUCAUGAUUCCCUUUUAUUCCAGAAGUUUGGUCCUUAAGGGGUUAAAGGUUCAGCAAAUGUCAACCAAGGCACAGCCAGGGCACACAUUGCAAAUGAGGAGAAAUAGCAAAGAUGGCAGCACCCAGUUACUGGAUAAAGAUCUGUGAAUUUCUUCUUUUCUUUUUUUUUUCUCCCCUCACAAAUUCACAUUUAUUAAGGAAACACUAUAGUGUUAGCAAAACAAACCUGUAUACUUAAGAUUGCAGUGUUCUCCCCUGUCUUUAGGUUAAGGGCCCUCCCAAAAAAUGUAAAUAAAAAAAACAGGAGGAAUAAAGGUUUUAGUCACCCUUUAUCUAGCUCCAAGCUACAGUUCCUGCAACCGCUCCAACUGCUGCCCGCAACAGCACACUGACUUUUUUCUUUUUCAUCCAAUCCAAUGGUCGUCAGAGGAGAAUUGUAGAUGAAAAGCGCACCCAGGUUUGCUGUAAGAGCGGAGUGUGACAGAAAAACAGCCACUAGAUGUGUUGCUCUAUCUGCUAAAUAGCAAUGGUUUACAUUCAUGGAGGUACAUGAUGGACAUAUAUCAUGGAGAGGUGACAGAUAUCCUUUAACAUACUGCUACUGCGGUAAUUGGUGGAGCUCCCCCUCAUGCCUGUCUCUGGUACUGCAUCCUUGGGUGCCAUGUUUAAAGGGGAAUUCUAACACUCCCACCAGCAGUUGAAUGGCUGUAAUACUCUGCUGGGAUAUGUAACCAUGAGGUCUUUGUGUGUGCCCUAUUCAGAGGAUCUUCCACACUGCUGUCUAGGUAAAUGGUCUUUAAACCUAACCUCCCUGAAUGUGAUGCUGUCACUGCUUCAGCACAGGUGAGUUAGUUAAUGGCUCAUUUCUUUUUAUUGGCACAGCUGUAUGUUUAGAAGGAGAUCCUCUGAUUAUGGACAUGUCUAUUGGUGUUGUGUGUAAUGCACUCACUAGGUUUAGAAACUGCAAAUAUGUUCAGAUUUCCCUUUUUUUGCCAGUAUUUGUACUCCAUUAUUACCCGAGUAUGAUUGAUUUCUUUCUGAUUUUAUUUCUUUGUCAUGUCACAUCAUUGCAGUGUGCUUUCCAUCUGACAUGGUUUUUACCUCCAUUACAGAUUGUAAACCAAAAACUUUGUCCAUGAGUCGGGCUUAUGCUAAAGACAUAUACCAAGCUAUCCAACAGGUUCUGGAUUUUUUCAGAAGUAUGUCCACAUCACGCAGGGUAAGUCACAAUCUGUCCACACCCCAAGCGCCUUCACCUUUCUAAAACAGAGGGAUCGUGUCGGCUCGUGGGAAUAAGCAGCAUCGCAAAAACUUGAUUUAUCCUGAUUUUCUUGUUGUCCUGCAGACUUCCAAGGUAGACGAUGUCCCUGAUGGCGUUAAUUUGUCGUCUAUGACCGAUUUAUCAGGUUAGUGAAUGGGAUCCCACAAUGUGAAUCAAUCUAUCCUUUUGUCUAAUUAUAUUUUAUAAUAUGUUUUAAUAUACUUUUUAUUUUAUUUUUUUAUAUAUAUAGACAUCACCGGUUCCUUCGCCAUUCAGGUAUACCAGGAGAUUCUUAAUGGAGUAGAAUCAAAACCACAGGUAAGAUUUGAAAAUCAUGAACAUUAAAACUAUCUCAGAGAGUUAAUUAAAUUGGGGAUGGAGGCAUUUUACCUGUUAUAACAUCUGCUAUAUUGACUAUCUCUUACGUAUAUAUUAACAUGGUAAAUGAUAGCAGAACACUCCAACCAUCAUAACCACUGUAGCAAGCUGUAGUGGUUAUGGUGCAAGGAGUGCCCUUAUGCUCCCCAUUAUAAGUAGUCAACCUGUACACCACUCCUUGCAUCCACUACCUCGAAGAACCAGAAGCUUUCUGUAUGAGAUGAGCCAGAGGAAUGCACGGCUUAGCUUAUUAACUAUAGGUGAUCAGGUGACCUGAGGAGGGCUAACAAUAGUUCCCAGCUCUGCAGUAGUAUGGCAGGCAGGGAGCAGCGUCCGGCAGGUUCCAGCAGUAUGGCAGGCAAGGAGCAGCGUCAGUCAGACCCUAGCUCUCCAGUAUUAUGGAGGCAGGGAGGAGCGUCCGGCAGGUUCCAGCUUUCCAGUAGUAUGGAGGAAGGGAGCAGCGUCCGGCAGACCCCAGCUCUCCAGUAGUAUGGCAGGCAGGGAGCAGUGUCCACUCCAGCUCUCCAAGAGUAUGGCAGUCAGGGAGCAGCGUCAGUCAGACCCCAGCUCUCCAGUAGUAUGGAGGCAGGGAGCAGUGUCCGGCAGGUUCCAGCUCUCUAGUAGUAUGGAGGCAGGGAGCAGUGUCCGGUAGACCCCAGCUCUCCAGUAGUAUGGAGGCAGGGAGCAGCGACCGGCAGACCCCAGCUCUCCAGUAGUAUGGAGGCAGGGAGCAGCGUACGGCAGACCCCAGCUCUCCAGUAGUAUGGAGGCAGGGAGCAGCGUCCAGCAGACCCCAGCUCUCCAGUAGUAUGGCAAGCAGGGAGCAGUUUCCGGCAGACCUCAGCUCUCUAGUAGUAUGACAGGCAGAAAGCAGCGUCCGGCAAGUUCCAGCUCUCCAGUAGUAUGGCAGGCAGGAAGCAGCGUCAGGCAGACCCCAGCUCUCCUGUAGUAUGACAGGCAGGGUGCAGCAUCCGGCAGGUUCCAGCUCUCCUGUAGUAUGACAGGCAGGGAGCAGCGUCUGGCAGACCCCAGCUCUCCAGUAGUAUGGAGGCAGGGAGAAGCGUCUGGCAGGUUCCAGCUCUCCAGAUAUAUGGCAGGCAGGGAGCAGCAUCCGGCAGACCCCAGCUCUCCAGUAGUAUGAGAGGCAGGGAGCAGCGUCCGGAAGACCCAAGCUCUCUAGUAGUAUGAGAGGCAGGGAGCAGCUUCCGGCAGACCUCAGCUCUCUAGUAGUAUGACAGGCAGAAAGGAGCGUCUGGCAGGUUCCAGCUCUCCUGUAGUAUGGCAGGCAGGGAGCAACGUCAGGCAGACCCCAGCUCUCCUGUAGUAUGACAGGCAGGGAGCAGCGUCCGGCAGACCCCAGCUCUCCAGUAGUAUGGAGACAGGGAGAAGCGUCUGGCAGGUUCCAGCUCUCCAGAUAUAUGGCAGGCAGGGAGCAGCAUCCGGCAGACCCAAGCUCUCCAGUAAUAUGACAGGCAGGGAGCAGCGUCCGGAAGACCCCCAGCUCUCCAGUAGUAUGACAGGCAGGGAGCAGCGUCUGGCAGGUUCCAGCUCUCUAGUAGUAUGGAGGCAGGGAGCAGCGUCCGGCAGACCCCAGCUCUCCAGUAGUAUGGAGGCAGGGAGCAGCGUCCGGCAGGUUCCAGCUCUCUAGUAGUAUGGAGGCAGGGAGCAGCGUCCACUCCAGCUUUCCAGUAGUAUGGCAGGCAGUGAGCAGUGUCCGGCAGAUUCCAGCUCUCCAGUAGUAUGACAGGCAGGGAGCAGCACCUGGCAGACCCCAGCUCUCCAGUAGUAUGAAAGGCAGGGAGCAGCGUCCGGCAGACCCCAGCUCUCCAGUAGUAUGGCAGGCAGGGAGCAGCGUACGGCAGACCCCAGCUCUCCAGUAGUAUGGCAGGCAGGGAGCAGCGUCCGGCAGACCCCAGCUCUCCAGUAGUAUGACAGGCAGGUUUCAGCUCUCCAGUAGUAUGGCAGGCAGGGAGUAACAUCUGGCAGUCCUCAGCUCAACAGUAGUAGGGCAGGCAGGGAGCAGCUCUCCAGUAGUAUUGAGGCAGGGAGCAGCGUCCGGCAGGUUCCAGCUCUCCAGUAGUAUGGCAGGCAGGGAGCAGCGUCCAGCAGGUUCCAGCUCUCCAGUAGUAUGGCAGGCAGGGAGCAGCGUCCGGCAGAGCCCAGCUCUCCAGUUGUAUGGAGGCAGGGAGCAGCGUCCGGCAGACCCCAGCUCUCCCAACAGUAUGGAGGCAGGGAGCAGCGUCCAGCAGACCCCAGCCCUCCAGUAGUAUGACAGGCAGGGAGCAGCGUCCGGCAGACCCCAGCUCUCCAGUAGUAUGAUAUCCAGGAAGCAGCAUCAGGCAGACCCCAGCUCUCCAGUAGUAUGACAGGCAGGUUUCAGCUCUCCAGUAGUAUGGCAGGCAGGGAGUAACAUCUGGCAGUCCUCAGCUCAACAGUAGUAGGGCAGGCAGGGAGCAGCUCUCCAGUAGUAUUGAGGCAGGGAGCACGUCCGGCAGGUUCCAGCUCUCCAGUAGUAUGGCAGGCAGGGAGCAGCGUCCAGCAGGUUCCAGCUCUCCAGUAGUAUGGCAGGCAGGGAGCAGCGUCCGGCAGAGCCCAGCUCUCCAGUUGUAUGGAGGCAGGGAGCAGCGUCCGGCAGACCCCAGCUCUCCCAACAGUAUGGAGGCAGGGAGCAGCGUCCGGCAGACCCCAGCCCUCCAGUAGUAUGACAGGCAGGGAGCAGCAUCCGGCAGACCCCAGCUCUCCAGUAGUAUGAUAUCCAGGAAGCAGCAUCAGGCAGACCCCAGCUCUCCAGGAGUAUGGCAGGCAGGGAGAAGCGUCCGGCAGACCCCAGCUCUCCAGUAGUAUGGCAGGCAGGGAGCAGCAUCCGGCAAGUUCCAGCUCUCCAGAUAUAUGGCAGGCAGAGAGCAGUGUCUGGCAGAUUCUAGCUCUCCAGGAGUAUGGCAGGCAGGGAGCAGCGUCCGGCAGGUUCCAGUUCUCCAGAAAUAUGGCGGGCACGGAGCGGCAUCCGGCAGACCCCAGCUCUCCAGUAGUAUGGCAAGCAGGGAGCAGCGUCCAGCAGGUUUCAGCUCUCCAUUAGUAUGGCAAGCAGGGAGCAGCGUCCAGCAGGUUCCAGCUCUCCAGUUGUAUGACAGGCAGGAAGCAGCGUCCGGCAGGUUCCAGCCCUCGCAGGGAGCAGCGUCAGGCAGAUUCAAGCUCUCCAGGUAUAUGGCAGGCAGGGAGCAGUGUCCCUUUAAUGAGAAUUCUGUAGUUUGAUUGUGAGCUUAUUUUUCACAUGGUCAUCUAGAGCAGUGAUUUCACUAGAGUAUGUGGAAGAUGUCUGGUUGGUUUUGGUUCUGAGAUUGAAAUGCGCUCUCUCUCUCUCUCGCACUUAGGUUGAACCUUUUGAAGAACCCAUUGAUUCCGGAGGUAAGUCAUUGCAUAUUGUGUGGUGUGUGCGUGUUUUUAUAUAAACAAAGUUUGCAGUGAUAAGGUGCAUAAUCGAACCUAAGAAAAACAGAUGGUUUACUAUUAUUUAACCACAGUGGUCAGAACUACUCAUUGGUUUAAGAUUCACAAUCUGGCUCUAUGUGGAAAUGAAGAUGGAUUAUCGCUGAAUUAUUAGUUUGACUGCUGUAGCCUAAACUCUGAGUUUGUUUGGAAUUAUUAACAGUUCAUGUUUUAGUGAAUAACAGUGAUAAAAGCAACAUACUUUAUUUUAAUUUAUUUUCAUUUCACCUUAUUUAAUUUAAACAUAUUCCUGGAACUACAAUUAUUUUAUUUUUGGUGAGAUGCCGUCUAACCUCACCCUUUAUAUGGUAUCUUUGCAGAAUUGCUCAGAAAAAACUUUGCUACGAUUGUUCAUGCCAACCCUGAUAUCACCUCUAUACUCGAUGACUUAUUCUCUCAGAAGAUCAUAAGCCAGGAGGAGUUGAGCACGAUCGAAGCCAGUGGAACUAGUCAAAACCUAGUGAGGGCAACGCUGCUGAAAGUAAUGAACAAAGGCAGGAGAAGUUCAGAUGUUUUCUUACAACUGUUGAAAUUAUACAGUUCUUCAGUAAUGGAUUCCCUGACGUCGUAGAGCGGAAACCACAUUUCCUCUACGUCUGACGGUAUCAGUGCCGAUCUGAAGUCUUCUUCAACCCGUCCUGCAGUUGUAAUUAUCUGCCAGGGAAUAGGUUGUAUUGCUUAGAGUGCCGUUUACCUGUGUCAGCCAUUACUGCCUUCAACUCCGAUAGGUGAAUAUAUUUGUUUUAAAAAAUAAAUUUGGUGACAGAUGCAAACAUUUUUUCAAAUUGCACCAGAAUGAAGGAUUCAUGUUUGUCUUUUCUUUAAUGAGCUUUCACCGUUACGAUGUAAAUAGCUUUCAUAUUUUAACACGUCUUUUGAGAAAUAUAUUGGCAUAAAAUGUAAACUUUUAUAUCAAACUGUUAAACGACCAUUUCCUUGUAUUUGUUACGUCUUGUAAAUGAUAUGUGAUACAGCAACUUGAAAUGUGUGGAAUUGUUUAGGGUCAAAUUAGGUCUUUUAGUUAAUUGGCCCCAAAAGCCAUUUUCAUUGAAUGUGUCAAUAUUUCUUAUGAAAGAAUAACAUUUCACCUACACUUUGAGAUUUUCUAUGAGCGCACACAAAGACACGACAGCAAGUUGGAUAAAGUUGGACGACACGCACAGUGUCCGUAAAGUGCACCACAUACACCUUGUACGUUUGUUGUUAAUCCUGCUCUGGUUGUUACAAUGAAAAGGCGGCCACACUUGGAGCCAUACUUACCAGGGGAAGCUGAGGGAGGUACUUCACAGGGUUAGUCAUUAAGUGGGAAUCGUUGGGCAUUAAUAGUGCAUUUCACUUUUUCGACCACAAUAGCGGACUCAGACUCAGGAAUCCGAAUUCCUCCUGCUAGCUGUAUUUUCUGUUUUUAGCGUUUUACACUGAAACUUGAAUUUCACUUUGAAUCAGUAUUAAGUUCCUCACAAAUCACCAAGUUGUUAAUAAGCCUAUGGGUUAGAAAUGUGGGAUUGUGACAAGGCAGUUGGAAAUUUUAGGUUGAAAUAUCUUAAAUGUCUAUAUGUAACUUGGCUAUUUUCCAGCUUUUCUGAUGUUAUGUAUAAUGUGCAAUUCUGUGUAGUAGAUAAAGCUAAUUGUAAAUACCUCAAACGUAUCUCUAACCCAAAACUGGUACAGCAUCAAAAUGAAGGAAAGGUCACUGGACGUUCUGUCAAAGAAAGAGGGAUUAAUAGUGCAAUAUGCAGACAUUGUAAAUCUGAAAUAAAAUAAAGCUUUGGUUUAACAACAUCAUGUAUAGUAUAGUCUCCCUUUAAUGUUAGAGGCUCUAACUCUCAAAUUUCUGCACAGAUACUUUCCUUGAGCUGCUGUGUGAAUGUUUGUAUUUUUAUUUUAUUUUUUUCACGUACACCUAUCCUUCACAUAUUACCCACAGGAAGUAAUUGAGAGCCGAACGAUCCUAAUUAAUCUGUGAAUUUCCUGAUAUUUUCCUCUUGCAAGCAGUUGUCUCUGAUUUGAAAAUACAAUUUUAUUUUUACUUGUUAUUCCUUCAUGAAAUUACCCGUGAUGAAUGUCCCUAGACUCCAUUAUUGUGUGUACCUGCAAGACAUUAAUUGCACUACUAACAAAUAUGUUAUUUACCUGUGAAAUCCUACUGUGAAUCUUUGCCCACCCUGUAACCCUGGUUGGAUUAGGCAAAACAGGCACUUUAAUGAGAUCCCUAUAUAGAGCAGCUGAGUCCACAAUAUUAAAGAGACACUCCAGACCCCUAGAUUCCUAUAGCUUGCUGAAUGCUUUAUAUGUGAUGAGUGUGUCUUCUUUUUUAAUUUAACAAUGUGCAGAUUUCAAUAGAAAUGGUUACUUUUCUAAAUUAAAAUGAUUACACCCUCUAACUGGCAAUCAGAUAUCUGGUUCUGUUACUUCCUGGCUGUUUAGCUCAGUGGAGAUAAAAUCAAGAGGCAGCAAUUGCCCAUUUUUUUUAGAACUUUUUUUGCAUAAAGCACUUGCCUUGCAAAUACUUCUCAUUGAGCUGCAUUGGGGAGUCUGUGAUUGGACAGCCACAGAAAGUCUGGGCGGAGUUAGAAGGGGAGGGCUUGCAAAGGCUGCAGACAAGAGAUCUGUAACUUUUACAAGCUGCUUUUAGUUAUAACAACAAUCAAAAAAACUUAUAAUUAAAUGCCAGCAUGUUUUUUACUGGAGUAUAUCUAUUAAACAGCGAUUUUUAAAAUGUAUUUAUUUUUGUAUUUAGACAGGGGAGUGUCCCUUUAACUAAUAAAAGACUGAACUAAGCAGAGAUGUUCAUGAUUGGGAGAUCUAUCACAAAGCAUAGAUGCCUUAGAGGAUUUCUCCAGUUGGGCUAAAUUGAUCUUUACUUUGAAAUCUCACCUUUCUGAAUAACACAGUGAGAGUUAAUGCAAAGCUUUCUCAGGAACAGACAGCGGUGCUCAGCCCCACACUUUUCAUAUAAUGCUGGCUGCUGGUUUAGACAAACACAGGUACAUCUUAAAAAUAACGCGAGCACAUGCAGUAAAACCUACACUGUGAGUGUCCCGCCAGCAUCAACACAAUCUCUUGGAAUAUUGACUGAGCAACAGCAGAUAUUUUGGUACAUGAAAAGAAACACACACGUGUGUUCAGUAAACCGCUAAUUGUGAUGAAAUGAAAAUUGAAUUGCAAACUUUAAGUAAAUAUAGUUAAUUUUACAAAAAUCUCCAAUUCUGUUAUUUUGACAUUAUCUAUGACUGAGAUGGUAAUGCUGUUGUGCAUUGCAUUUUACUGUUGUAAUAAUAAAAAACAGCCACAUGAUGGCAGCAAAGCCUUAUUUUGUUUCACUCAUUGAAUUUAUUUAUUUUUCUCGUAUAUAUGAUUUUAUUCCACAGAAUUUCGCAAAAGAUUUUAAUACACACUAGAAAUGUUAUUGUAAUAAAUCUGAACUGACACUUUUGGAUCUGAUCCAUGAGAACGAAUUAUUGUGUUUAAAUGUAUUUUAUGUCUAUUCUUAAAUGUUUGCAACAAAAAUAUGUUUAUUAUAUCAAACAACGAUUACUUUCAUUUAGUACUUAACUGAGGCAUAUCAAAUAGUAUUUAAAACAGUUUAACCCCUUAAGGACCGUUUUUGCGAUGUUGUACAUUUGCGACCAGGCAUAAUUUUACACUUUUGUGAUGUUUGUGUUUAGCUGUAAUUUUCCGCUCUCUCAUUUACUGUUCCCAUACAAAUUAUAUAUUGCUUUUUUCAGGACAAAAAAGGCUUUCUUUAC